UGAAAAGAAACCCAAUGCUAUAUCUCCCCACCACCCGCGCGACAUUUUUUCGAAGAUUCUCUGUCUUCUCGGGAAUUUACCUCCAACUUGUCUUUUCCGUCCCCAGAUCAUCCCGCUUUGUGCGAACCCAGGAUGAAAAUUUCCAUAAUUUUAUAGCUUCCAAACGGAUGGUGAGGUCUUACGAGAGAAUUGGGAGCUCCUGGGGGCUGAGAAAGGAGGAAGCUGAGAUGGGUUCGUGCGGAAAUCUUGCAAGGAGGGCGUUGGAAACUGAGAUGCCGAUCAUGGUUAAGAUGCAGGAAUUGCUUCGAGGAGCCAAGAAUGCCGUGUCCUUGGCCCAGGGCGUGGUUCAUUGGCAACCUCCAAAGCAAGCAUUGGACAAGGUGAAAGAGCUUGUAUGGGAGCCCUCAAUUAGUCGCUAUGGUGCUGAUGAAGGUCUUCCUGAACUUAGAGAGGCAUUGAUCAGAAAAUUGCACCAUGAAAAUAAUCUGCACAAGUCUUCGGUGAUGGUUACAGCUGGUGCUAAUCAGGCAUUUGUGAAUUUAGUCCUUACACUGUGUGAUGCGGGGGAUUCGGUGGUUAUGUUUGCACCUUACUAUUUCAACGCUUACAUGUCCUUCCAAAUGACUGGCAUCACCAAUAUACUUGUGGGCCCUGGUGACCCCAAAACACUUCAUCCAGAUGCAGAUUGGUUGGAAAGGAUAUUGUCAGAAACUAAACCUACCCCAAAGCUUGUCACUGUUGUUAAUCCGGGCAACCCAUCUGGAACCUAUAUUCCAGCGCCUCUUCUUGAGAGGAUCUCUGAUCUCUGCCUGAAAGCUGGCUCUUGGCUUGUUGUUGACAAUACAUAUGAGUAUUUUAUGUAUGAUGGUCUGAAACACUCUUGUGUGGAGGGAAAUCACAUUGUUAACGUUUUCUCUUUCUCAAAAGCAUAUGGAAUGAUGGGGUGGCGUGUGGGAUAUAUAGCAUAUCCAUCUGAAGUAGAAGGUUUUGCUGCCCAGCUUCUCAAAGUCCAAGACAACAUUCCUAUCUGUGCUUCGAUAAUCUCGCAGUACCUCGCCCUCCACUCAUUAGAAGUGGGACCCGAGUGGAUUACAGAGAGAGUACAAAGUCUUGUGAAGAACCGGGAAAUUGUUUUGGAGGCGCUGUCCCCUCUUGGAGAAGGUUCUGUUAAAGGAGGAGAAGGAGCUAUAUACUUAUGGGCAAAGCUCCCAGAUGGCCACACCGAUGAUUUCAAAGUUGUUCACUGGCUUGCUCACCGGCACGGGAUUGCUGUUAUUCCGGGAAGUGCUUGCGGGUCUCCGGGGAAUCUUCGAAUUUCAUUUGGAGGCUUGACAGAGAAUGAUUGCAAAGCUGCUGCAGAAAAGCUCAAGAGGGGCUUGGAAGAACUUGUUAGAGAUGGUUUGGUGUAGUGGCCUUGAUAACUUUCCAAGCCAACACCAAAAUUUAUAUCUCAGUACAUUCCUACAAUCAAAAGUGAACAAUGAUAGAAUAAUUUGAAGAGCAAAAUCCAUUUUUCAGUGGAUUUUAAAUAAUUGAGGGAUUUUUACCCUCUACCUGGAUAAGCUUUAGAGUAGCCAGGAUUUGUCACUCUCAUUUUUCAAUGGAUUCUAGUACAUGCAACAUUGUUUCAUGCUUCAUCAUAGGAUUAAUUGUUCUGGUCUCGAGUGUAAAUUAGGCAUGGUCGAUAGAAUUAUGUACCAAGUAUGCAAUGUGUUGACUGCCUUAGUUUCCUACAAAAAAAUGAAAAGCAUAUUUCUCGUUUCUAAUAA